AUGGCAGUGUUUAUUGCAAAAGAGGGACAAUAACAAAUUUUUAAAAUUGGAAGGUCUCAGGAUUGCGACAUCAUAGUCAAUAUCAAUACAGUUUCCAGAAAGUAAACAUAAAUCAAAUUCAACGGAAAUUAAUGGGAAAUAUGUGAUGGUGAGGGAGUAAAGCAAUCUGCCAAUGGAACUUGGUAGUCCUUAUAAUAAUAUGAUAAUCCUUUAAGUUAAAAAUCAAAGUAGAGCAUACCAAUUCAAAUAGAAGAUAAAAUGGAACUCAAAAUAAGUGAAAAUAUUUUUAAAUUUGAAAUGGUAGGAUUUGGUAUCUCGAAAAGAAGGAAAUUAAAUAACUCAUUAUAUAAAGAGCUAACUAACAUUGAGUAAUUAUGA